UGUGUGUGCUGACGGUAUAGGAAAGAAUCAACUUUGCAUUUUAUGGGGGAUUAGUCUAUUGAAUCGCUUUUCGAUAUUCGGAUUUUUGGCGCUGCAAUAAUUGAACUUGAAAUAUCGGUACAGCGUUUGGCUGAAAGGUGGCGCGGUUGAUGUGAAACUGAAUUUCGUGAGAUUUCUCACUUGUUUGAAAUGCAACAAAUCUAGCUACCUAAUUAGCUUACAUAAGAGUAUAGUGGAUCGGAAAACUACCGCGUCUUAUAUUUUUUACACUUAUCGGAAGCGAAGAAAAUUGUCGACGCGUGGAUCCCAUUUCUCCGAGACAAACUGAAAGAGAAAAAAAAAACGUACACGUACCGUGCUUCGCGCUAAACCAGUGUCGCGAAUUUCGAAUUUGUCUCAACAACCUCGGGGAAGGUGGAAAAUAGAAUUGCGAGGAAAAAAAAUUCAAGUAAAAGUAAAAGUAAAAUAAAAGCCAACUAUUCGCAACGGGUAAACUAGCCGAGUCAACUGGCGGACGACAAAAAAACGACCGAAACAAAACCGAGUUCUCUACCUACGCAAAGUUCACUUUACUCGGUAUCGCGAAUUGGUUUUUAGUUUAUCGUGUACGCCGAUCGUGCGUGGUACACGAUUUUUUAGCGUCCAAGUUGAGAACGUAUUAUUGAGUAGGGCGAGUACGAAUUUACGUCUCUGUCCCUGCCGUUUUUCUGCCCCGUCUGUGUGCGUGACGCGUCGCUACGUGUGUUAUAGAGCAGACGUACGAAACAUACACACACGUCCGGUCUGUCGGUGCUGCUCAUUCUUGCCGCUCUUAAAACUAACUCGGCAGUGUAACCCGAGCAGUCGUUGGUGGCUGGUGCUCCGCGUUUAGUCAUUCAGUCAGUCAGUCAGGGACUGUAACCUGCCCAUAAAGACUAUAAAAGUUGUUGUGCCAUGAGUAGUGCGAGAGCCAACGGCGGGAACAGAGACCGAAAUGGCCACGUGCUGGUUUGGGAACAAUCCGGUCUUGAGGAGGCAGAUAAGCCGCAGAAGCAAAAAGAAACGGUGGGUGUAGCAUGUGAUGAUUGUGGAAAACAGCGUCCCUCGUGUACACGAGGUUCCAGGAACGAUUGAUCAAACGGGAGGAUAAAAUGUCCGAAUGGCGAAAGGAAGAACGUGAUCCUAUAGGAGUUUUCAAAUGACGUUAGCGCUGCAGCUAUGGUGGGGUCACGUCACAUAGUGACAUUUAUGCUUUUUCUCGGCAUGGCAAAUGCAUACGUUAUGAGAACAAACAUGUCUGUCGCGAUUGUCGCUAUGGUAAAUCAUUCUGCGCUUCCGGUAGCUGAGGAUUUUGUCGACGAUGAAUGUGAAGGAGUGCUGAAUACUACUUCUUCUGCAGCUGACGGAGAAUUUAUUUGGGACACCUCGUUGCAAGGCUAUGUACUCAGUUCAUUUUUCUAUGGAUAUGUGAUCACGCAAAUUCCAUUUGGUGUACUUGCGAAAAAGUAUGGAGCCAAAUACUUCCUUGGCGGGGGGAUGUUGAUAAACUCCGUCUUUGGGCUGCUUGUGCCAGUUGCAGCUCGCGGUGGAUUGUGGUGGUUGAUUCUAGUUCGAUUCAUUCAGGGCCUUGGAGAGGGUCCUAUCGUGCCUUGUACGCACGCAUUGCUGGCCAAGUGGAUUCCACCUAAUGAACGAAGCAGGAUGGGGGCUUUCGUCUAUGCUGGAGCCCAGUUUGGAACUGUUGUUUCUAUGCCACUGAGUGGUUUACUUUCUGAAUAUGGAUUUGACGGUGGCUGGCCGUCGAUCUUUUACGUUUUCGGAAUAGUUGGCGCUAUUUGGAGUAUUGCAUUCCUCUUAUCUGUGCACGAGGAUCCAGAACAACAUCCAUCCAUCGCUGAGGAUGAGAAGAAAUACAUUCUUAGUUCAGUUUGGGGGGCUGCUGGUGUAUCCUCUCCACCUGUUCCUUGGAAGUCAAUCGUCACAUCUCUUCCAUUUUGGGCCAUUCUUAUGGCUCAUAUGGGUCAGAAUUAUGGGUACGAAACACUCAUGACUGAACUUCCCACGUUUAUGAAACAAGUCCUUCAUUUCGAUAUCAAAUCGAACGGUACUGUAUCCGCACUUCCAUACUUGGCCAUGUGGAUCUUCUCUAUGUUGAUAUCCCACGUUGCCGACUGGAUGAUUUCCAGUGAACGCUUCAGCCAUGGAGUAACGCGCAAAAUUUUGAACAGUAUCGGUCAAUUUGGCCCUGCUAUUGCUUUGGUAGCCGCCUCCUACACAGGGUGUAAUCCUUGGCUCACGGUCGCAAUUCUCACUGUUGGCGUGGGUUUCAACGGUGGUAUAUACUCUGGUUUCAAAGUAAACCAUCUCGACAUAUCGCCUAGAUUCGCUGGAAUCCUCAUGUCCUUAACCAAUUGUCUUGCUAAUCUUGCGGGACUUCUCGCCCCAAUCACAGCGGGUCAUAUCAUUGUUGGAAAGCCAACGCAAGCGCAGUGGAGGAUCGUGUUCAUGAUUUCUGCGGCUGUGUACGUUGUUUGUGGAAUGUUCUAUUUGGUCUUUGCAUCUGGUAGAAGACAAGCAUGGGAUAAUCCUGAAAAGGAUUCAAAAAAAUCAAAUACAAAAGAUAUCGAAGGGGCACAGGUCCUGAACGAAACUCAACACUGACCCACCGUUACAUUCGGUGCCAGUUAUAAGAGCCCUGCUCCUCGCUGAGUUUCAAAUUACCCUGGCUUCUAUAUUCAUUCCCUCCAGACUGUUACGGAAAAUAGAGCGAACAAGCGAUGAUGAUGAUGCGUCUAGGUCAAUUGAAAUAAUGAUGAGAAAAAAAAGAAGAAAUUAUUAUAGAACGUGCGACGUGACGUGAGUGGGGCUUAGUCUUCCCUGUAUUUAUAAAAGCCGAAAUAUAUUACCAACUAUGUCAAUUUUGUACAGUUGGCUUAGUAGUGUGCGAUGAUGUAGUGACAAACUUGUGUGUUAGAGAGUAAGAGUAAGAGUGAAAGCGAUAGCGAAAGAAAGAAAAAGAGAGAAAGAAAAAAACAUGUCUCCUAGAUGGACACAUUGAUAUAAUAAUCUGUAGUUUGAAGCUAUUUGAAUUAGCUUUCGUACGCGUUUUAUCGUAUGUCUUAUUAAUUAUUGUGCAUAUGCUUCACCGAGUUUGGUAUGAAAUUUGUAGAUUUUUUUUCUGAAGAAUUAGGAUUAUCACUUGAAGUACUCAGUGCCAUAAUAUUUAUUUUGUUCUUGUAUAAUUUUAAUUAUUUUUCGGAUAUAAAUAAUUUGUUUGUACUACAGCGCAUUAUUAAUAUCGCUGCUACUUACAAUUAGCAUUCGAAUUAUAUCGCGAUUUUCUUACUGAACCAUUUCUGAGAUCCUACAUUUCUAUGAACAUACAUAAAUAAAACUUUGUCAUGAUUUAUUGUGUUUUUUUCUCACUCUCUAAAUAUCGAACACGGGGAGAUCGAAAGAAAAAAGUUACGCGCGAUAAUUUGUUCGCAAUAUUUGUUCUCUUUUUUCUUGAUGCUUGAUAUAUUUAAUUGCCGGUGAAUGCAAAGUAAUACUCAUUUGGAGAUUUCUUCGAGUUUUAUUUUUUUAUCAAAUUUGAAAUCAUUUAUUUGGGAAUUAUUGCAUUGAGCACUUCACUAAAAUGUACAACUAUCAUACCCAUCGUCUAAAUUCGUGACGAAAGAAAACAAAAUAAAUGAAAACAUGUUUUUUAAUGUGUUCGUUUUUAAGAUACGACGGAUUUUGCACUGGUUUGCUGAAAGCGAAGACAAAUACAUCUUGUUCUGAAUGAAUGGCUAUGCUAGUCUAUCAAUUUCUAAAUUGAGACGAUUCAAUUUUUCCUGUGAGAUAUUCUACGGCGUAAAGAAAUAUUUUACCGUUGUUUACAAAGUAAACCAUUAUAAUUUUUGUAUUUUAUACAAUCAAAUUCUGUAAAAAGAAAAGAAAAAAAAAUAGGAACAAAACUUUAGAAUGACUGUUGAUGUAAAUUUUUGACGUUAAAUUAAGGAACAGUCGUCCACGUUCACAAAUACCAGUUGAAAAUUUUUAUUUGUAGAAUAAUUGGAUGUACAUCCAAAACAUCUAGCUUGUGGUGCCUCAAUUCUCAUGUUUUGAGUCAAUCAUCAAAGUUUGGUUUGAUCAAAUACAUCCGACGUCUAGGCAGCAGUAUUAGUAUAGAACGCCGCAUGUUCGCCACUCUUUAUUAUUUUAUUCUUAUUGCCAAUCACUAUUUUGUAUUGUAUAAGGAAACUAUCAUAUUUCACAAUCAGAUAAUUCUUUUAUUUUUUAUCAUGAACUUUUUUGAAAAUUAUCUGAUCUAUUUAUUCACUUCAACGUCAUCAUUUGCUCAUAUUAUUGUGUAACUAUUAUAUUUUUCAUUGAUAUUUAUUGACCAAUUUCGGUCAAACGUCGAAUUGAAUGCUUUUACUAUAAUAGUUGCGUCGAGCUUUCAAAUAAUUAUACAAUAUCUAUUAUAUAUAAACAUUUUUUUUCGUAAUGCUAUCGGUAAUUUCAUUUCAAUCUUACACAUUUUGGAGCUUACAAGUGAAUAAAUAUCAUUCUAAAAUCACAGAGUUGUAAUAGAAACCAUUUAAGGUGAAAAAAAAUAAGCAAAUUUAAUCAAAUCACCGUGCACCAUGAAAAAAUAACGAUACAAUUUGGUUUAUAAAUAGUGUAGAUAUUUACAUUGUAGAUUUGUGAUAAGUUAGAUUUUAGGUAACAUCAUGUUAUAUGUAAUAUACACAUAUGUGUAAUUAUGAAAACUAUUUAUACUUAUGAAAAAUAAUUACCUCCGUUGUACUAAAGAGAAUUUUUUAUAAAAGCAUAACUGAGUGAAUUCAUUGAAUGUAGAAUGCAUUUUUCUUCUUUGAUACAUGAAUGAAAUAAGGAUUUUUUUGGGAUCAGCACUAACUAUGCGACAGAUCCGAUGACAAAUAUGAUUAUUUUUUAAACAAUACGAGAGUAACAGAUUUACACCACCGAAAACAUGCGGUUAACCAUAUGGAUUCAUACGUAAUAAAAAAGAAUGUUUUCCGAGUGAAAACUCUGGGGUUGAAAAAUAGAGAUAUUUUAUAAAUAUCAAAUUAUGUCGUAAUGUAUUUCCUCAGCGGGAAACAGUUGUAUGUAAAUACACUAUCCAGAAAGUCACCUCCAAGUCCAAGAUUGGAAAAUUCUUAAGGUCUCUCCAUCGCAGGAGAUUGAUCGUGUUCUUGUUAAAUAUGGCUGUACAAAGAUAUGAAUAUUUUGUGAGAUUUCACGUUUCAAGUGUACGAUGUACUAUGUCUUAUAAUUUUAUUUUUAAUUUGUAUAAUAUAAGUAAACAUAAAACACGUAAAUAUGCAUGAAUCCUAACGUGGAAAAGCGUAUGAAUCAAAUAUGAUCAAUUCAGUGAAUUCACAUCUUGUCCCGAGCACAAUCCAACUAUUAAAAACGAUCAAUAUCACUGAGAUGAAGAUCUUUAUAAGAAACGAAAUCAAUGCCGAUGUACAUACAUACAAACGACAAAAUGUGCUCCUUACACCAUAGUACAGUAUGAAAAAAGUGCAAACAAAAUAACAGUUGAAUAAAAAAAAAUAAUAAAACUGAAA